CAGAAAUGUCACCUGCCGUAAAACUAAAAUGGAGAAGAAGAGGUUUUUGACAACAAAUCAAUUGUAACUACUUGUGUUGAAUAUGCAUACGUUUAAUUGGAGUGACACUCUUUUAUUUAGAGGGUAACUUUUGUAGGUUCAGUUGGAUAGCUACCUCGUUAACGUUACCACUAACGUAAAUGCUAGCCAACUGUGGCUGUUAGCCAACCUAGCUAGCUUUGUUGGCAAACAGCAGCUAACCACACCUAGCUAGUCACAUUUUCUACACCGGUGUGAGAAGAUGGACUCAAGUGUCUUCACGGCCGUGUCUAAAGGUGACCCCUUACCUCUGGCGUCGCUGCGCCUCCUGGUCCCACCUUUCCAUCUUAUGGCCGUCUCCAUGUGGCAGGUUCUGAAGAAACAAGAUGUCCUGAACUACUGGAAAGUGGCAGAGUUUGUCUCUUUGGUGAUGGACAUGGUCCCAGAGCUGCUAAUGUUCAAGCACAGGAUGCAACUUAACCUGGGAUUAAGAGCCAGGUAUAUUCUUGAGCUGUGCCGAGGUAAACUGCUUGUGGAACCGGACUUCAUCUUGUCUCAUCUAGACCACAUCAGACCGCAACACCCCGCCCUGCUAGAUAUGAAGGAGUCCGAACAGGAGGAACUAGUGGUUAACUUUCUUGAGUUGGUCCAGACUCUGCUCAAAGAUCCCGAAGGGAGGCGAGACUAUUUCUUGGAGGUCUUCCCUGCUGAGUAUGGCCCUCAGUAUGACAGUGAUUUGCAGAUGCUGUUUUCAGAGUUCCUCUGUCGGCUGGCUCAGCUGUUGCCAGUUCCUGACCUCGAGCAGACUGUUUCCUGGCUUGGAGCCGAAUGUUCUGUAUUGGAGGAUUGUGUGCAUUCAGUCUCCGAGCCUACAGACCUGAAGAAUCUGCUCCAGCACCACAGACACCUUGGGCAUUUAGAGCAACAUGUUCCACCUUCUAGCAUGGGCGAAAGCAUCCUGUCCUCCCUCUCUGCAGCUCCCCCUAGCAAAGUGGCAAAACCUACGGAACAACCCAACCAAUGCGAUCCCCUGCAAGGCCUCCGUGAUGACACACACACUGUAUCAAUAGUGGACAACGUAGCGGUUGAAAUAAUCGCAGUGACCGAUUACGCAGAGGUUGAAUUAGACGCAAGCACCGACAUUGAGGUGGUGAUGGGAGAAAACUGCUCAGAAGGAACAGACACUGGCACGGUGGCUGAAGAGCCGCCUGUAAUGCUUCCUGAUGAGACAACCAUGGAGGAAGAAGAGGGUGAAGCAACGCAAGAAAACGCCAUAAGCGGUUUGGCAGACGUCAUCCAUCCAGAGGUAAAUAAGGAUGACUCGGCGUCCUCCCAACAAAGGAUCUCUGUGGGACCGCAUGACUGCCCAGACUGCGAGAAGAAAUUCAAGUUUGCCUCUGCGCUAAUCGCCCACAGGGUCAUCCACACCGGCGAGCGCCCCCACCGGUGCAACGACUGCGGCCGCUGCUUCUCUUUCAGGCAGUCCCUCGACAGGCACAGACGCACGCACAAAACCGGACGCAAGUACAACUGCGUGAUCUGCCGGGAGACCUUCCACUCCCUGUCAGCCCGCACGGAGCACAAGCAAACCCACAUGGAAGAUGGCGUUUACACAUGUCAUCAGUGCAGCAGGCAAUUUAACUGGGAGCUGGCACUUGCGCGACACCUAAAAACUCACACUGCUGGUCACAAUGCAAACAGGUCCACAGAGAGCCAGAAGGAUGAGCAAGAGGUGGUUAUAGUUGAUGGAAACGUCAGCGAGGUGGCGGUCGUACUCACUGACCCCGACAGCCAGCUGCAGGCGGGCGAUAACGGGGGUUGUGAUCCGGAGAAUGCAGAGGUUCAGAGCAGUGAGCGUCCCACCUCUGAGGCUGAAAGCACGCUCCCCGAAGUCAUUUCCCUGGCGAAGGUCCGAACAAGUGGGCGUAAACGCAAACCGACCAUGAAGAUCCAAGUGAUAAAUUUACAGAAGCACAUGGGCACCAAAAGAAGGAAGGAGAUCACCAAGGCCAACCCUCCAGAGCUGAACCCUGUGUCUUUCAAUUGUGCAGAGCACUCUUACGGGUCGCCCAUGGUCCCAUCAAAGGACGGCGCCGAGAGUUCUGUAGCUUUCUCCUGUCCCAAGUGCUCCUUCCAGCACUCCGAAGAAGCCCAGGUGCAGCAGCACGUUGACAGGGUCCACUCUGUUAAGAUUGAGGACGACGAGCAGCCCCUCGCAGGUGAAAAGGAGGGACGUUUCAGUUGUCCAGACUGCGAGAAGAGCUUCAAGUUCCAAUCCCUCCUAAAAGCCCACCAGCGCAUCCACACAGGCGAGCAGCCCUUCCUGUGCUCUCAGUGCGGACGCCGGUUCUCCUUCAAACAGUCUCUGGAGAGGCACAAGCAGACGCACAAGUCCGGGCGCAGGUACGAGUGCCUGAUCUGCGGGGAGUUCUUCAAGUCCCUGGUGGCUCAGAGGGAGCACAAGAGCACCCACAUGAGGAACGGCGAAUAUGUGUGUUCAGAGUGUGGCCGGGCGUUUGCCUGGAAGUCUGCACUGGUGAGGCACCUGAAGACCCACGACGAGGUGGAGCGCUCUUACACAUGCCCUCGCUGCGACCUGGGCUUCAGCUGUGCCAGCUACCUCAACAAGCACCUGCAGACCCACCAGGAGGAAAGAGUGUACUCGUGCAACUGCGGAAAGAGCUUUGCCUACCGGGCAGCUCUCAGCGCGCACAAGCGCAUCCAUCAAAAGGAGCGGCCGCACACAUGCACACAGUGCGGCAAGGGGUUCCUCUACAAGGGGGGCUUGCUGAGCCACAUGAAGAUCCACUCGGAGGAAAAGCCCUUCAUGUGUUCCUUCUGCGGCAAGAGCUUCAAGAGGGAACGCAACAUGAAGAAGCACGAGCGCUGCCACACCAGGGAGAACGUUUUCAGCUGCUCGCAGUGCGACAAGAGUUUCGUCUACAAGGCGACUCUGAUUCGACACGAGCUGACUCAUUCUGGCGAGAGGCCGUACCUCUGCUCUGACUGCGGGAAGGGCUUCUUUUCCCACGCCGAGCUUCUGAAGCACGAGCGUUUCCACACGGGCCACAAGCCCUUCCAGUGCCCCCACUGCGGCAAGCAAUUCACCCAGUCUUGCUACCUGACCAUCCACCUGCGCUACCACACCGGAGUCCGGCCAUACUCAUGCACGGAGUGCGACAAGAGCUUCCUCAGUGCCAACCGCCUGAAGAGACACCAGCAAACGCAUUCAGGGGAAAAACCACACCUUUGUGUAGAAUGUGGGAAGGGAUUCAGGCAGUCAUAUAAUCUCAAAAUGCAUCAACGGACACAUAUCAUGAAGCUAAAAUAGUCAAGAAAUGUAAAGGGUAAUUUCAGUAUUUUAACCUGGAUCCUAUUUUCCCAUGCAUUUGUGUCUUAAGUGACUAAUGUGAACAAAAGUCUUUGAAAUUGGUCCAGUAUUGACCAUGAAUGCUGUAACCGGCAGCCACAAACAAGGCUGCAAUGUAAUCAUAUAGGGCAAAUGUGCACCGUCAAUGUACGUCCACUAAGUGUUGCUCAGUUUUUUCAUUACAAGUAUCUGACUACAUUGCAGGAAAAUGGGUGAAGACUCAUUCUGAAAUCUUGCGAUGUGUCUUGUUAUCUAAAAGAUUUUCAAUUGCGCAUUUCUAAAUUGUGCCAACAAAAUGUAGAGCUACGCUUUGCGCGGCUUUCGUACACGUUACCGUUGGAUACGGACAGGCUGAAGUUGGGGUUAGUUGUGCUACAGCUACAAAUAGAUCUUAACACUCCAUUCAUUGCAGACCAUCUAGUCUCAGCGACCAGUAAGGUCUUCAGUGAUGGAUGUCUACCGCCAACCAAAGAGGAGAAGAAAAAAAAAAAUCCUAUACCAAAGCACAUUUUUAAAGAAAAAGAAACAUGCUGUUCCAAGAGUGAAGAGCUGCAGACAGAGCUGAGGUAAGCUAAUGCUAUUAUCUAAAGUUACUGUGUUGAUCUGGCAUCAGUAAAUUACACAGGAAAGCAUGGCAGGUGCACAUUUGCCCCAAAGGGUUACAUUGCCUCCUGGUUCCAGCGAUCUUGAUUUUUGCAUUCAAUGCAUGGGAAAAUUAGGGGCAAGAUUGAAAAAUACCCAAAUUACCCUUUAAAUGGUAUUGUAUUGUAGUUAAGUUUAGAAUGGGAGGACAAAAGCCACAGUAGAUGUAUUAUUGUGACUUUAUCUCCUAUGCAAUUGCAGUGAACUGCACUAGUAUGGGAAUUUGUUCAUGUUGAAUGUUCUCCAUUAUACUGAAUGUAUUUGAUUUCUGUGUUGUGUUGUGAUUAAAGCACACAAGAGCAGAGGAAUGUUUUCAGAUGCAUUCUGAUGGGACUUGUUUCUGUCUAA